UUGACAUUUCUUCGGGACUGAACAGAAACUGAAAAUGUUACACUUACUGUAACAGUUCUUUUAAAUACUUAACAGUUCUUGUUGAAAAAUCGUCGAAUGCUUAGCCACCUUCACUCCAGUUUGUUACUAAAAACGUCCUAUCAUUAGGAUUUUACUUUUUAAGUUUAUUUAUGAAAUAUAUGAAAUAGUUGUUUGUUUAGCUUCUUUUUUGGGGGAAACGCAAGAUGGAGGACGGAACCUAUAACAAAGUUCUAAUUUUUCUCACAUAUUGUGUUCAUCUUUCAUUAGCAGCUUUCACAGACACACACGCUCUGCAGUACCUCUACACUGCACUCACAUCAGGAAUUAAUGUCCCAGAGUUCAUUGCUGUUGUUCUGGUGGAUGAAGAGCAGUCUGUGUAUUAUGACAGUAACAUCAGGAAGAUGAUCCCAAAGACGGAGUGGAUACAGAAGUUCAGCGCUGACGAUCCAAAAUACUGGAACAGAGAGACUGAGCGAAUGCAGAAUGAUCAGGAAGACUACAAAGUCGAUAAGACUACAUUAAUGCAUCGCUUUAAUCAGACUACUGGAGUUCAUACGCUACAAAGGAUGUGUGGCUGUGAGCUUGAUAGUGGCACCACUGGAGGACAUAAUCAGUUUGGUUAUGAUGGAGUAGAUUUCAUCAGUCUGGAUCUGAACACUGAAACCUGGACUGUAAAUAAUAAUAAAGCUGAGAUCUUUAUAAAGGAGUGGGAUCCUGAAGGAGAAAAGGCUAAAUAUUGGACAACACAGCUGACAUACGAGUGUAUCGAUCAAUUAAAGAAGUUUGUUUCUUAUGGCAGAGAGACUCUGGAGAGGAUAGAUCCUCCUUCAGUGUCAGUGAUCCAGAAACACUCACCUCUUCCAGAGGUGGUGUGUCAUGCUACAAGUUUCUUCCCCAAAGAAGUGAACAUGACCUGGAGAAAGGACGGAGAAGAUGUGCAUGAGGACAUGGAGCUCAGAGAGACGUUACCCAACCAGGAUGGAAGCUUCCAGAAGAGAAGCAUUCUGAAAGUCCCAGCUGAGGAGCUGCAGAAACACACCUACACCUGUGUGAUUCAGCACAGUAGCUUGGAGAAGGAGUUAGUGCUAGAAGUACCAAAAGGUGGAGGAUCGAUGGCAUUCAUCAUUGGUGUAGUCGUGGUUCUCUCUAUGGCUUUCUUGAUUUUCAUUUUAUACAGUAUUGUCAUGGGAAAAUUAUGCUUGCAAGAUGGAAGGUGGCAGAUUUGUUUAAAAAUAGAAGACAACAAAUUUGGUGAACACAUCACUUGCAAUAUCUAAGGUAUUUUAACUCAAAUGGGUAAAAACAUUUUCAUUCUGGAACAACAAACAAAAUAUUUUUAUAUUUUUACUGCUGGUGUCUGCCAUAUUUUUCUCCUUCUUCUGUGUAUAAUAACGUUCAACAGAGUUUGUAUUGCAUUACUGCUCCACCCCAGAAUGCAUUGUGUAACAGUGGGGUUUGUGUAUUGUGUGUGUAUGGGGUGUGUGUAUAAAAUACUUCAACUAGCACUUUCUCCCCUGUUUGUUGUAGUUGUAAAUUAAAAAAAAAACAACAACAACAACUUUGAACAGUGUUUUAGGCUCAUGGUAUCUUAAGGCUGUAACCUAGUGAACCAGAGUAUUCAAUGUUAGAGACUAAAAAGUACUUUUGUACGUCACUCUGGGUAAGUUCAUGGAUAACAAAUGCUAUGGAUAACAAAUGCUCUAAAUGUAAAUGUGUGUUUGAUUGUGAGGGAUGAAGAAAAAUGUGGUCUGAAAAUGUGGUGCUUAAAAUCUUCUAUAUAAAUACUUAAAAACUUGUAUAAAUGAAUAUAUUGUAUAGUUUUCUUCUGUUUUUUUCUGAUGAUUGUGGAAGCCUUGUAAAUAAAUAUUGUGCUAGUAUCAAUCAAUAAAUAAAACCUGCUGAAAUACCUUAA